AUGUACCCUUCCGCUGGCCAGCCCGCCACUGAGAAUACAACCGCAUCCAAUGACCAGUUACACGAUCAAGUCAACCGCAGCCACACUUUAAAGCCCACGGGAGCGCGUGCGAGCGAGGAGCUAGGAGAGGAGAACGAGAAUAGCAGACGGAGAAAGAAAAGAGAAAGAAGUAGUGCCAUCACUUCACCCCUCGAGGGGCCAUUCAACAUCGCGAAAAGGAGCAAGAAGAGCCGACCCAAUCAACCUGUUUCCAUCCACCUGGAUAAGACCACCGCCCUGCCGCGCAACUUCUAG